AUGGCCUUUGGCGGUGCGCCGCGCGGCGGGCGAGGUGGCGGACGAGGCGGUCCACCCAGAGGAGGAGCAAGAGGCGGCCGUGGUGGAGGAAGAGGCGGUGGUGACUUCGGACGAGGAGGUGGUCGUGGCGGCGGUAGAGGAGGCGGUCGAGGUGCACCCCGAGGAGCUGGACGCGGAGGACGAGGGGGUGGUGGCAGGGGAGGCGGGAAGCCCGGCAUCAAAGGCGGCGCAAAGGUCAUCAUCGAACCCCACCGUCACCCUGGCGUCUUCGUCGCCCGCGGCGGCAAAGAAGAUCUACUAGUCACGAAGAACCUCACGCCCGGCGAAUCCGUGUACGGCGAGAAGCGCAUCAGCGUCGACUCCCCCACCAACCCGGGCACCGACGGCGAAGUCAACCCCGCGGGCACAAAGACCGAAUACAGAGUGUGGAAUCCGUUCCGAUCGAAGCUCGCGGCCGGCAUCCUCGGAGGUCUCGACGACAUCUACAUCCGACCCGGCGCGAGCGUGCUGUACUUGGGCGCCGCGUCAGGGACGUCCGUCUCGCAUGUUGCUGACAUUGUGGGACCCACGGGACGAGUCUACGCCGUGGAAUUUUCUCACCGCAGCGGAAGAGACCUGAUUACUAUGGCCACACAUCGCACGAACGUGAUCCCCAUCAUCGAGGACGCGCGACACCCCCUCCGAUACCGCAUGCUCGUCGGCAUGGUGGACGUCAUCUUCGCGGACGUGGCACAGCCGGACCAGGCGCGCAUCGUCGGCCUGAAUGCCCAUCUCUUCCUGAAAGUCGGAGGUGGGAUCGUCGUCAGUAUCAAGGCGAACUGUAUCGACUCAACAGCCAAGCCCGAGGUGGUGUUCGCGAACGAGGUCAAGAAGAUGCGUGAAGAGAGAAUCAAGCCCAAGGAGCAGUUGACGCUCGAGCCUUUCGAGCGAGACCACUGCAUCGUCGCGGGUAUCUAUCAGCACGUCGCUCAGUGA